GCGGUAAACAUAACAGCGAAUGAAAAGCUUGGCUGGGAAUCAAAAUGGACGACAGGACGAAAUGAGAUCUUGUUUUCGAGAAUGGAGAUUGAUUCGUUGUUUAAACAGGAAUGGACAAUGACAUGAACUACACUAGUCAUUCUUGGACAAUUUUAAAAGCUUUUAUAAGUAUUUAAACUUACGAGGGAGAGUUUUACUGGCCUCUUGACCACUGGCCCCGCAGACCAAGCCAGUACCAAAGAAUGGAUGGGGCAGAGUCUGUACGGUCCGGCCGCAGUGACCGGUCCGAACGGUCACGACACAGUCACGGAAGUAGACAUCACGGACACCACCGGCACCAUGUUGGAAGACACAGCAGUCGGGGUUCUGAACGUAGUGGAAUGAACAGGGACCGGGACAGAGAUGACCGCUCAGUGACCAUUAAGAUGCCGGGCAAUGUGUCGGAGUGUGAGGAUAGACCACUGGGAGAGGAGAGGAUUGAGGUCCAGAUACUUCCUCAGGACGAUAACUGGGGGGAUAACACAACAGCCUAUACAGGUAAUACUAGUGAGACUGGGUUCUCCAUGGAGGACAUCCGUAAGUUCAACACGAAGGAGAGUUUUGAGAGCAGCAUCGGGAUAGGCUGUGCCCGAUAUGUUGGAACAGCAUUGGCAGGUGUACUCAGCAUUGCCGGCUUCCUGUCACCAAUUGCUAUGAUAAUCCUACCUAAACUUCAAAUCAACGGUUGGCAGACGCUGCCUUGUGAUCCUGAGUGUGAAGGACUGUUGAUCAGUUGUGCGUUUAAACUGCUGAUAUUGUUCCUCGGAACAGUGGCCUUAUUUUUUCGCCAGCCCAAGGCGACGAUGCCCCGUGUGUUUGUCUUUCGUGCUGUAGUUUUAUUUCUUGUAUUUGUUUUAACAUUUGCAUUCUGGUUGUUUUAUGGCGUCCGGAUCUUUAAAGAGCAGAUGCCUGACUAUUACAAGAUUGUGCAGUUUUCUGUGUCGCUCGUUGAUGCACUGUUGUUCAUCCAUUACAUCGCUGUCAUCUUGUUGGAAAUUCGACAGCUUCAGCCCCAGUUUGUCAUCAGAGUUACGCGGUCACCAGAUGGGGAGAGUCGAACAUAUAACAUAGGCUGUCUGAGCAUACAGAGGGCUGCGGCUUGGGUACUGGAACAAUACUAUCGCGACUUCCCAGUCUACAACCCUUACUUGGAGAUGGUUGCUAAGCGACCUUCCAAGGUGUCGGGACUUAAGUUCUACGAAGUUGACGGAAACACAACAAAUAAUCAGGGAAAGUCGCGAGCAAUAUUCGCUGCAGCGGCUCGUCGACGAGAUGCCAGCCACAAUGACCGCUUCUACGAGGACGUUGAAUAUGACCGCCGAGUGCGUAAACGUCGUGCUCGACUAAUUGUGGCUGCGGAGGAAGCAUUUACUCACAUCAAGCGCAUGCAAGAUGAUCAAGGUGCUCCAGUUCCGAUGGAUCCAAAGGAGGCUGCCCAUGCUGUGUUUCCGUCUAUGGCUCGGGCUUUACAGAAGUAUCUGCGAAUCACUCGACAACAGCCCCGCUACACGAUGGACGCAGUGUUGGACCAUCUGGCCGUGUGCGUGGGCCAUGACGUGAGCCCCAGGGCGUUUAUUGAGCGCUACCUGACACAGGGCCCAGUUAUUAUGGACGAUCACAACUAUCGCCCCAUUCAGAAGUGGGUCUUGGUAUGUGACCAGCUUCUUACUAGGGAGAUGGAACACGAUACAGUUUUCCAACUCCGACAGAACGAGGUGUCGCUGCUCGUCAAUGUGAAACGUAUUCCUCAUUUUAAUCUUACAGAAGAAGUCAUUGAUCCAAAAAAUAACAAAUUUGUAUUGAGACUUAACUCGGAGACGUCUGUGUAGGUUACACUGUGUGUGAAUAUGGAGACUCACAAACAAUGUCACUGGAACAUCGUACCCAUCACUGCGCGUGAAUAUGGAGACUCACAAAAACGAUGUCACUCGUACAUCGUACCCAUCACUGCGCGUGAAUAUGGAGACUCACAAACGAUGUAACUGGUACAUCGUACCCAUCACUAUUUGGUUCCGACUUUGUAGAUAUGAACAAUUUCGUAGAUUUAUGUUUGGGAACCAGAGUUUUCAUCAGGGGAAACCUAGUGUUUAAACCAGUUUUGGGAGGUUAAUCCAAGUCCACUAUAUUGAGAUUUGUAUGACUUCUUUUUGAAAACCAAGCAUAGAAAAUAUAUCUCAAUGGUGUUUGUCCAGGGUUAGGAAUCUCAAAAUCAGUCCAAAGGUUGAGGAAACGGACAAAACGUUAUCAGGUUGUGUAACAUUAACUGGACUGAUCCUUAAGGACAUUAAAAUAAAAAAGACUGAUGGAGAGAAAAAAUUAGCUCCUGAAUAUUAUUUCGGUGAAGAGGCAAUUUUUUUUUUCUAGAUUAACAAUGCAAUGUAACAAACUAGAUGAAUUUUGUAAAUGUUCAGAUUUUUCCAGCAAUACAAAUGCCUACAUUGAAGAAAUCCUGACUUUAUAGCAUUGAUUUCACAAUCCCUAGAGGAAAUGCUGUGUAUAUGAUUCAAAGUUGUGAUUUGAUCUUGUUCUGUAGAAGUGAAUAUUUUCAAGAACACAAAUUGGUGCAUUCAAAUUGUUGAUGGACCAUUUUACAUCUGGAAGUGUCCGUGCAAAUAUUUCUAAAGCAUUCUAUUGGAUGCCUUAAGAGAGCUGUUACAUUGAAAUGAAAUGCUGCGAGGAAAAUUUAUGAAAUUGCAAAUCAAAGCUACAAAAAAUUAUUCAAUAAAUUGUUUCCGAUAUUUACACAGUAUAAAAAGUACCGUAGUCGACAACAGGGGAAGUAAUGCAUUGAUAUUAUUUUUAAGCUUGAAAAAAUCUGUCAUGGAAGGAGGUUUUAAAAAGAUAUCAUUUGAUCUUGAAGCUAGGGGGAUUUAUAGAUAUACAUUUAUGUAUGUAGAUGUAUAAUGUGCCAUAAAGUUAUAAAGUAUUGUCAUACAGUGUCUUCAUAUAGGACAUGGUCAUUGUUAAAAUCAAAAGGUUUAUCAUAAUACACAUAAUAAAAUCAUCAUUGUUAUUUAAACACAUCACUUACCAUUGCCUCAGGAUCAUAUAUCUGAUUUUUUUUGCCAGAUCAUCACAUUGGAUUCAUAUAUCAGAUUGAAAAUUAAUUAUUUUAAUUUUACAAGAUGUUUUUUCAAAGUGGAAAGAUUGUCAUUUCCAGAAAAUUAAGGGUCAGUGAACGUCGUUCCUAAAAUCAGUGUCACAUAUACAUAGUAUAGAGGUUUUAAUCGUUUUCACUUUGAGAGAAUUUGCUUUGGUGCAUGUAUUUAAAGAUUAGCUUUAAACGGAGGGAGAGCCAUGUAUGUGUGAAUAUGUAAAAAGAAUCUCCAGUGUACAUAGCGUGUCAUGGAUCACCAACCGAGCAUAGCCAAUAAAUGUGUUGUCAAAGUGAUAGUAUAUCGUGUGAUCUGCCAACCAUGUUAUCAGUUUUACUGUUCGUGAGAUGUACAUAUAGCGUUGUGUGUAGAUUUAAAGUGUAAGAAACACAUGAAUUAGUUUAAUAUACAUUUUACCACAUUUGAAACUUUUUAUAGUAGAAAAAAAUCUUUUGUACUCAAUAUUUCAAGUAGAAUUUAAUGAAUAAUAAUUUAAUAUGUUCCAAUAAUUUAUUUUGCUUUUGCCUUUUGUAGAUAAUAACACAUGUGAACUACAAUAUUACCUUAUAUACCUGUCCAUUGUGUGCAGAAUAACCUGUGUAUAUUUGAAUUAUGUGCGUGAGGACUAAUGGGAGGAAUUCUGUUCGGCCUCGGAUGUAUUGUAAAAUUGUAAUCUUGCAGCAAAUCUUUUGAUUUAUAUAUAUUUUUUACAUCUCUACAAUACAAGCUGAUCAAAUGCACGAUUCUGCACAUUUUCAUUUAUUUUCAAUUUUUUUGUUUUUUUUUAAAUUUUUGUUAAGUAUGUGGUGAUUCCAAGUUUCAAGCUAUUGUGCUACACAAUGCAUCAAUUACCAAUUCUGUGUCAGGAAAGAAAUAUAAGAUAUUCUUAAUUGUCAAAUAUAGACUGAGUAAUUAGCAGGCAUCGACAAAAGUCCUUCAGUAAAUUGAUUACAUUUAUAUAUGUCCGUAUGUAUUGAAUGUUAUUAAACAACUGUAUGUUCAAACUGAUAGAUAAUCAAAGUUAAAAAGAUAUAUUUUCAUCCAGAGAAGUGUUAAAACUAAUAAUGUGGAGUCAAAAUUAGAUUCUCAUAAUCAAGGUUCAAGUGGAAGCGAAAUCUUUACAACUCAGUACAAAGUUUAUACUCAAAAAUCUGAUUGAUAGACAAUUGUUUCUACUUGAAUAUACACAAAAACUGUCGACACAUUGGAAGGUACACAAAAAUUGGUGACAUGUUUGAAAUGUACACAAGAAUUGAUGACAUGUUUGAAAUGAACACAAGAAUUGAUGACAUGUUUGAAAUGUACACAAGAAUUGGUAACAUAUCAAAAGUUACACAAGGAUCAUCGACAUAUUUGAAUGGUGCACAUAAGAUGAAGACAGAUUGGAAAGUCUAGAAAGGUACACAAGACUUGAUGACACAAUUGAAAAUGUACACAAGACUUGAUGACAGAUUGAAAAAUGUGCACAAUAUUUUGAUGACACAAUGUAAAUGUACACAAGAAUUUUGAAAUAUUUGGACUGAGAGUGACUGAACAUAGGUAUGUACAAGGAAUCCUCUAUAACAAUGAAAUAAGUUGAUAACUAUUAGUGGAAGGGAUAUUACUCUAAUCAAAAUGUAGUGUAGAAAUAGAUUCAUUUUAUAAGGGAGAUAAGUAUAGGUAACUGAUUUUGUAUUUAAUAUUUUUCAGGUGUAGUAGGAACUAGUUAGCACACUGUAUCAGAUUUAUAAAAAGAUGAUAAAACAUCAAAAACCUUUGAAUUAGUUUAGCAGAUAAUACCUGGGAGAAGUAAGGAGUCAUUUAUUACAAUAAAUACUUAAUUCACGAAAAAAUUUCACUCAAGUUAGACCAUGGUAGUGUUACUCAUAAGCAUUAUUUUGUAUACUUACAAUAGGUUUACCACCUCCACUAUGAUCAAAUCAUUCAUACCAUUACAUACACUCAUUUCUAUUAAACUAUUCUGCAUUAUUGUAGAAGCAUUUGACAAUUUUUGUCGCAAAGAAAUUUUUGAUCUCAAAAGUUGCAAUUUCAUUUUCUUUCAUAAUAAGUUUUCUAAAGUUUGUCAUAUAUUUUUUUUCACGGAUCAUAUCGUACAUGGUUGUGAUAAGGAUCCAUCCGAAUCUCCGAUGGUCCCGGUGCUUUUACGGACCAAGGGAGAUAGCCUCAGUUUGGUUGUAAAAAGCAAUACUUUUUAUGUGUGUACUGUUUAGUGCUAAUUGAUAUAUCUGUACUUUCCAAGAAAUCCUGUAAGUAAGUGAUGUUUGGAGAUGAUGAUGUGUUUUGUGGACAAAUAAAUAACAGCAUUCUAAUACAUGUAUCACCAGGCCUGCUGUCUAUAUUCUAUGCAAACAACUUCUCUCAAUAUCAUAUAUCUCAUCUCUACGUAAAUCAUUUAGCUCUCAUUUCAAUGUUGAGAUCAUGAUUGAAAUGUUUCCUGUGGAAUUCACUAUAAUCAUCUCAGCAGGGCUGGUUUUGUUUAUCGCUGUCUUGUAUAUUGGUUGGACCAGAGUUGUUGGUUUAUAAAAUAAGAACAGACUUCGUGAUUGUAUGUUGCUUCCAGACAAGCUGUCUAAAGUGAAGAUUUUCAAGUCUUGUCAUGAUAUCUUCAGGUCCAUCAAGGUUUAAGUCUGAAAAGGUUGAGGAUUUAAAAAAAAAAAAAAAA